AGUUAAUUACUGCAGAAAGUGCGUUGGAGCAGCGCUUAGUGUGGACCUGGAAUGCUUGCUGAUGUACCAUACAUGCCACAUGUACCACUGUUCCUGGAUUAUGAUAGUGUCGCCCAAGGAAUAAAAGCUGUGACACAGGAACUUUGAUGGUCAAACAAAACACAUCGACAUUGGAAUACAUACAUGUACUUGUAUUUUUCCCUUGUGUGAACUCAGCCUUCGCCAGCAUGGGUUGUAAAGUGUCAUGUGCUUGCAUUCUGUCACUGACUGCAAAGGUGGCAUGCAUUUUUGUUCUCAUACUUCAAUCUACUUUGCUGGAUUACGUCAUUGUGCAGUGGGACACCAGUGCAUCAGAUGUAGGACGAUACAUAUGGAUAGCCUUUGAUGCACUCAUUGUGAUCUUCUGGAUCAUUGCCAUGAUAAUGUCGCACCGAUUUUUCCACAACCCAAACCAGCAGAAAGUGCCCACUGAGGGGUACACAGGAAAGCAGCUUAUCAUACUCGCCCUGAAGGAGCUCCCGUUCGCUUAUGUCUCAUGGCUUUUCUACGCCAUCGUCCUUGUUGCGAAGAUCAAUGCCAUAUUUACUGCAAAAUUCGCCGAGGCACUUACGUCAAGCACGGAGUCACUGCGAUCGAACACUUCGCUGAAGAUCAUUCUGUCCUUGGCUGGUGUUAUCUUUGCCCUGAUGGCAUACGCCCACCACAAUGAAGCCCACAACUCCAAAUACAAGCUCCUGAUUGAGAAGAUAGGCACAGCUGCCAGUAUUGACCUCCUGGAUGUCAUCAUGCUGCUGGACAUUCUCUUUGUCAACGUCAGUCGUGUGUUGGUGACAUUCACUCUGGACCGAACCAUCCGGACCUUUGCCUCCAUCUGCAUCCUGCUGCCUGUGUUACCACUUGUUGCCCUGCGGGUCAUCUCCUCCAGCGGCACGGCCAAGACUGACAAGGUCUUCCCCAUGGUGAUGGUGCUCAACUCUGCCCUCUACCUCUUCCUGGUCAACAUCCCACUGCUGAUCAUCCGGAUGUUCCUGUGGGUGCAUCACGACGUGGACGUCACCACAUUCCUGACCAAAAACGUCUUGGCCAUCUGCAAGGGAUGCCUUGACAUCUAUCGUGAGCUGGUAGCCUGGAGGCGGGAGGUAGCCAAGGAGAAGAAGGGGAACAAUGAUGAAGUUCAGAUGGAACCAGUUGUUCAUGUGUGACAAAGCAACAUGUACAGGUAUAUUUAUGUGUACCUGUACAUGUAUGUAACGUGUACAGUGUACAUGUACAUGUGGGAGCAGGCUCGAGAUCAUAUUAUUGGCUCCGUGGGACUUCAGACGCAGAUGCGUUCUCAGCCUUGUACAUGAGACAUGUUUAUGUAUACGAGGUACAUGUACGGUACAUUUGGUAAAGUGAGAGUGAUGGUACUGGAUCACUUGUCAUGCAAACUGCCAUACACACGCCUACAUUUGAGAUAUACAAGCAGGCCUGCAGUGUAUCUGUUACCAAGUAGCAUAAUUUUGUUUCAAAAUUCCAAUGUACACGUACAUGUGUGUUAUUUUACUGUAGUCUGAACAGAAAUUUCAAUGUAUAUAUUCAAUCAGCAGUUCUGAAAGCAAAAUUUCAUUUUACAACAGACAAAAAGUAAGAAAAAAGGCAAAAUAUUAUUUUCCAGUACUGUUUUUGUUCACCGAGUUACCUUUGAACCUGAAAUUAAAUGUUGACUCAUGCAUGUACAUAUGUACGUGUACAUAACUUAUAUUUAAUUAAUGCAAUUGCUUGUGGUAGUUAAGAUGUCUGACAAGUUCUAAUGCAUCAGUUGGCAAUAUUUACUUGUCACCAUCACAAAAAUAAAUAGGUCUCGCUGACCGACUGUAAGACUGACUAUUAAGAACAAAUAACGAUUUUAUGUACAUACAUGUAGGUGGAAUACUAGUAGCCUGCUGUACAUUCACUGUAUGUAUUCCUUUCAGCACUGAUGGCAACUUUUUGGGCUAAGUGCGUCCACUUAAGUCUUAUAAAGGCCUCCAUGUACGUGUAUGUACCAACAGCCAUCACAUGUAAGCAUCUAUGUCCAUGUACCGGUACAUGUAUGUAUUUGGCAUGUUUGGUGUGAUUGAUCAAUCUUGGACAUGGAAUCUCCAAUUUUACUUUUUUUUCUUUUUACAAUACAUGUACACUUUGGUUAACUAAAUUUUAACAGAAAUGCAAUUGGCUGAUGGUGGAAUUACAAGUGUCAACAAAUCUUGCAAUGAGAUCAAUGGAUCAGACAAAGAUCGGAAAGGAUUAACGACAGCAGUGAUUGACCAAUCACACCCAACGCAUAUUGUACAUACCCGCCUUAGGUGAACCAUGCAGACUCAUUAUGGCAACAUGAGUACAUGUAUAUUGUACUAGCAUAUACCAUGAUGUGUGCGGUAGCAGUACAUGUACAUGUACCUUUUCAAAAAGUGAUACUACAAUGUACAUGUACACAGUAGCUCUACAUGUACCGGUAAGUGUGCAUAUCAGUGCAAAUGUACUUAUUAUAAAUGUACUUAUUAGAAAUGAUGAAGUAUACCGAUACAGUGAAAAGUCCUGCAAAUUGUGCAAAGCCAUAUAUACAUGUACAUGCAUGUACAGUAUGUUGCAUUUCAGUUUAAUAGCCCAUUUUUAUACAAGGAAAUGCUGACGGUAUUGAGGACAUUUAUUGACAGUUACACUGUAAAGGCUGCAAAUAGUACUUGAAUUGCCUUUCGAUUUUUUAUGCAAUUUUUAUGUAAGACAUACUGUACAUGUACAUGUACACAUUAUUAAAGAGGUUUGUUUGUGUUCAUUGAGCUGAAAUUUUUAACCACCCCCAUUGUGUACAUGUGGUUUACUUGAUCAGUUGAUAAAGGUAUUCAGUAUGCUGUAAACUUCAUUGAUAAAAGGGAAUAAACCUGAAAACUACAUGUGUA